UGUCGUCAUGUCGUCAAUUUACGGUUAUCAUCCAUCGUGUAAUUUUAUCCAACUUAGUGUUGAUUUUUCAAUUUAAUGUACAUUGUCAAAUAAACAAUAAAUAUAUUUAAUUAUAUUUAUAGUGUUAAUUAUUAAUAUAAAAUAUUGAUAGUUAUUUUAAUCAUCAUGGACGAUUUGCAAAAUUAUAAGUUGCAAUUGCAACAGGUUGAAGCUGCGUUAACAACAGAUCCAGCAAAUGAGGAAUUAAUAAAAUUAAAAAUUGAUUUAGAGGAAGUUAUAGAAUUAACUCAUGACUUGAUUAAAUCACAACAACAAGAAAAAAAACAAUCCAAUGGAAUGGAUCCUAAAGAUCCAAUAUUAUUAGCUGUUUUAGCAAAUAAAUGGAAACCAGGUGAUGAAUGUAUGGCUCCUUGGAGUGAAGAUGGAAAAUACUAUGAAGCCACUAUUGAUGCUAUUAAUGAAGAUGGACUAGUUAAUAUAACAUUUAAAGAAUAUAAAAAUACAGAUGUAACAAUGUUGAAUCAAUUAAAAUCAGUUGCUAAAAGACCAGCAUCUGAUUGGGCUGACCAAAAAUCAAAAAAACUACAAGCAGCUGGAACUGAUCCAAAUAAACAACGUGAAUAUUUAAAAAAAAAGAAACAAAAAAAGUUACAACGUUUUAAAGAACUUGAAGAAGAACGAGAGCAAGAAAAAAAUAAAUGGCUAGCAUUUACAACUAAAUCUGCAAAAAAAGGAGUUGUUAAAAAAAGUAUAUUUGCAACUCCGGAAAAUGUCAAUGGAAGAGUUGGAAUAGGAACUUGCGGAGUAAGUGGUAAGGAAAUGACUAAAUUUAGUAACGGUGAAAAAUGGAGAAGAGGAGCUUAAAAUAAAUAACAUUAACAAUAAUAAUAAUAAUAAUAACCCUUGUAUGAAUAAUUAUUUAGAGGAAAAAAAAAAACUUUUUCUUUUUUUAUUUUCUCUGUUUGAAUCUUAAAUUAACAAUAGCAGUAACUGUACAUACCAUUCAAUACAGUUUAAUAAUAAUUCUGCUAUUAAUAAUAAUCGAUUAUAUGGUUCCAUGUCGUAUCGACAAUAGCCGCAACACAUACAAUUAUUGU